CACCGCUCGCCCGUCGCCGCGUAAAAGGCGCUGCGCUUGGAAAUGUAGUUGUUUUGCGCACAACGGGGUCUCCGCGAUGGACCUAAAGUCCGAGCUCCUCAAGUCCAUCUGGUACGCGUUCACAUCGCUGGACGUGGAGAAGUGCGGGAAAGUGUCCAAAUCGCAGUUAAAGGUGCUUUCCCACAACCUUUACACAGUACUGCACAUCCCGCACGACCCCGUGGCUCUGGAGGAGCACUUCCAGGACGACGAUGACGGGCCGGUGUCUAAUCAUGGCUACAUGCCCUACCUCAACAAAUAUAUACUGGACAAGGUGAAAGAGGGGAUGUUUGACAAGGAGAGGUUUGACGACCUGUGCUGGAUGAUGACCAUGAAGAAGAACUACAAGGGGGUUCCACAGGGGUCGCUGCUAUCAGAGAGGGACUGUUUCAAGCUCUUCUGUUUAUUCAACCUCCUGUCUGAGGACCACUACCCGCUGGUGAUGAUACCAGAGGAGGUGGAGUAUCUCCUCAAGAAAAUCUCCACAGCGAUGAGUGAGGAGUGGGAUGGGAAGCCCUUGGAGGACUUAAUAUCCCAGGAUGCCACAGUGCAGGAGGAGGGUAUGUCUGUAUGGACAUUCCUGAAGCACGUGGGUGCAGGCCAACUGCUGAGGGUCACCAGUGCCGAGGCCUUCAGCCUGGCGUUGGACGAGGUCUUUCUGGAGAUGUAUCACAGUGUCCUGAAGAGGGUGAGUGUUUCAUGUGUUUAUUCCUGCUUUUUUUCCCCCAGCGCAGUUCACCCGCCCUCUUGUCACUUUCAUCCCGACCACUGCUUUCAGGGUUACAUGUGGAAAAAGGGGCACUUGCGUAGGAACUGGACUGAGCGUUGGUUUGUGCUGAAGCCCUCCUCCAUGGCGUACUACGUCAGCGAGGACCUGAAAGACAGGAGAGGAGAAAUCCAGCUGGAUAAAAGCUGCGUCAUAGAGCCCCUUCCAGACAGGGAGGGGAAGCGUUGCCUGUUCUGUGUGAAAACGCACACUAAAGCCUAUGAGAUGAGUGCGUCUGACCAGCGACAGAAGGUGGAGUGGACUCAAGCCAUCCAGACAGCCCUCCGUCUCCAGUCCGAGGGCAAGUCCUCCCUUCACCACGAACUCAAACUCAAGAGACGGGUCCAGCGGGAACACAGCCACCGGGAGCGCAGCCAGAGCGCCCGCAGCAGCUGCAGCAGCCAAUCGGACGACUCGAAUAUCCAAGAGGCGGAGAAGAUGGAGAAAGAGAAAGAGAGACAGGAUCUCGACAUUGAAAGCAUCAUCCAGCAUGCGCGGGAAUUGGAAACCCGACGAAGGGAGGCAGAGGAGAGAGAAAGGAGGAAACAGAGGGAAGUGCAGAUGGAGCUGGAGAGACAGUUGAAAGAGGCUGAGAUGUUGAGAGACAGCAUGCAGGCAGAGAUGCAGGAGAAGGAAAGGGAGGCUGAGCAACAGAAGAAGAGGAUCCAGGGGUUGGAGCUGACGCAGCGGAAACUAGAGGGCGCUCUCAACAUGGAGAUCCAGGCUCGGCUGGAGGAGGAGAGGGCCAGACAGGAGCUGGAGAAGUUGCUGCAGGCUGAGGAGGAGAAGAAGAAGCAGUGCCAGCUCCUGCAGGAGCAGCAGAGGGCCUUGCAGAGCCUCAGUCCCAUAUUGGAGGUCUCGGACGGCCGGAUAUUGUCUGACGAGAGUACCCCCUCCGCCCUCCACUCAGCCUCUCAGGAGCUCCAGGAUCUGCAGGCAUCUCGAAAGCGGAGCCACCAGCGCCUGGAGGAGGUCCAGGAGAAGCUGAGGAAUGCCAGCCAACACGUACGGCACUGGAACGUCCAGCUGAACCGCCUGAUGACGCCCAUCACUCCUGGAGAGCGUUUGGAACAUCGCCUAUCAUCAAAGCAAACGUGUCCCAAAAAGGAAGGGGCGCUGGCAAGUAACGAAUUCAUCUCUAAAUUCAAGAUGCGGGCCGAUCAGAACAGCCAGAUACCGGAGGACCACCGGGGACUGGCGGAGCAGAUGGAGGCCGCCCACCUGUCAGACAGAUCGGACGAAUCACAGGGAAAACCCAACGGACAAAUGUGACGACCGUGUUGAUGGAUAGGGAGGGGGGCAUGUUUUUCAAAUGUACGAGUUCAGAAAUGAUGAAAGAAAUUCUACAUCUGUGUGAGAUCGAGAGUGGAGAGUGGAAGGAGGAACGUUAUUUGCAGUAAUACAUAGAAAACCUGCAAAAGGCAUUGUAUUAUAUUUAUAUUCAGAAUUGCACACUAAGAUGGAGAACAAUGAUGACAAGCACAAUGUGAUGCAGGAUUAAAUGAAAUCAUAUUUGACUAAGAUCAACCGAGAGAUUCACAGUUUUGUACAAUAAAGUUUAUUGGUGAACAA